UUUUAUUUUUGUUAUUGCUUUGAGUGAUUAUGACAUAGAGUAUGAUUUUAGGGUUUGAUUUGAAAGGAUUUGUUAGAUUUAGGGGUUGAUUAGGCUAAGAAAUCUGUUUGGAAGACAAUGGCCCGAUGGGACCCCCGAUGGGCCCGAUGCUAUGGCCCGAUGUAGGAAUAAAUGUGUGAAAUAAAGUAUCAGGUCCGAUGGGACCCCCGAUGGGUCCGAUGCUAUGGCCCGAUGUAGGAAUAAAUGUGUGGAAUUUAGUAUCAGGUCCGAUGGCCCGAUGGGACCCCCGAUGGGUCCGAUGCUAUGGCCCGAUGUAGGUGUGUUUUUGUAAAAUAAAGUAUUGGGGUCAGAUGGCCCGAUGGGACCCCCCGAUGGGUCCGAUGUUAUGGCCCGAUACUUGGACCGAAUUUGGGAAAUAAAGGAUAGGGUCCGAUGGCCCGAUGGGACCCCCGAUGGCCCGAUGGGCCGAUUUCAUGCAGGCCCGAUGGUCUUCUUCGAAGGGUCCGAUUGGGGUUUUUUGUAGGUUAGGGGUCCGAUGGGGAAGGUGUAGGCCCGAUGGGCCGAUUGUAUGUAGGCCCGAUUGGGCCGAUUGUAGGCCCGAUGGGGCCGAUGGGUUUUAUUAUUGAUUUUUUUUUAGUUUUUUUAAAUAUUAGUAAUUGUUUUAUGUAUUAUUUUAUUUGUAAUGAAUUAUUAAGUAUUGUUUAAUUAAUAAUUGUUUUAUUAUUAAUAAUGAAUUAUUGUAUUCUUUUUAUAUUAUUGUAUUAAUUUUUUUUGUUUUAAUAAUUAUUGUUUUUUAAAUAAUUAUUAAUUGUUGUAUUAGUUUUUCUUGUUUUAUUAAUUAUUGUAUUUUUAUUAAUUAUUAAUUAAUAUUUUAUUAUUAAUUAUAAAUUAUUGUAUUAAUUUGUAUUGUUUUAUUAAAUAUUAUUUUCGUACUAAUUAUUAAUUAUUAAUUGUUAAUUUUUAUUAUUUAGUAAUUAAUGUUUUAUUAAUCAUUAUUAAUUAUAGUAUUAAUUUGUAUUGUUUUAUUAAUUAUUUUUUUUGUACUAAUUAUUAAUUAUUAAUUUUUAUUAUUUAUUAAUUAUUGUUUUAUUAUUAAUUAUUAAUUUUUGUAUUAAUUUUUAUUGUGUUAUUAAUUUUUUAUUAUUUAUUGAUUAUUGUUUUAUUAAUAAUGAUUAAUUAUUGUAUUAUUUUUUAUUAUUUUAUUAUUUAUUAAUUAUUGUUUAUUAUUAGUUAUUAAUUAUUAAUUUUUGUUAAUUAUUAAUUAAUGUUUAUUAUUAAUUAUUAACUAUUAUAAUAAUUUGUAUUGAUUUAUUAAUUAUUAUUUUUUUACUAAUGAUUAAUUAUUAAUUUGUAUUAUUUAUUAAUUAUUGUUUUAUUAUUAAUUAUUAUUUUUUGUAUUAAUUUUUAUUGUCUUAUUAAUUUUUUAUUAUUUAUUGAUUAUUGUUUUAUUAUUAAUGAUUAAUUGUUGUUUAUUUAUAGGUUUAGGGUGUGAUAUAAUUUUGUUUUUUUUUUUGCAGUCUUCCAAAGUUCCACGACUUUUACUGCCAGUGUCUGAACAUUACACUGGUCGUGUUACUUGGCGGGGCGGUAGUUACUAUUACCCCAAAGUAAAAGCCAAGUUUGUACAAAUGCAGUUGUUGGAAAGGGUGAAGGAGGAAUCCCCUUUCAACAAUUUUUUUGAGAGAGAGCCAUUAGCGUUUUCAGGUGCUCUUAUCCAUCAACUCUUCAUGCAUAAGAUAAAAUCAGAUAAAGAGGAUGAGGUGCAUUUUUAUAUUGCAAAGAAGAGAUGCCGAUUCGGCCGAACUGAGUUUGCCUUAGUGACUGGGCUUAAUUUGUUACGUGGACCGACUGAGGCUGAGGUUUCGGAGAGGGCGACGUCAGACCGGUUGAUAGUAGAAUAUUUUAAUGGGGAUCCAUCUAUCAGCAUUGGUCGUCUGCGCAGCGUCUUUGAGAGCUGCACUGAGAAGGAUGAUUGUUACAAGUUGGGUUUGGUGCUGUUCGUGAUGGGUGUUCUGACUGGGAAAGAAGAGAAGACCCUGGUCCCCCCAUUUAUCAUUAGAAUGGUUGAGGACCUCCCUUUUUUCUACAAUUACCCGUGGGGGAAAAUUUCUUUCAACUUGUUGAAAGAUACUUGGAGUAAGGACUUCGUACAAAAGAAAAAGCAUAUGGAUGAGAAGAUUGAGAAGGGAACGACUCAGAAGGAGUCAAAGUAUUCGGCCUAUGGAUAUGCUGUAGCAUUGCAGUAUUGGGCUUAUGAGUCCAUCCUCGAGCUUGCUGAGAAAUUCGCAAUCAGAAGAUCGCAUCGCUUUCCCCGAAUGGUGAACUGGGAGAGUAAGGAUGCCCCACUCGGGAAAGAGGAAGUCAUCAGAUUAUUUGCAAAAAAAUUGACAGUGUACUCCGUUUUAUGUCCGCGGAGUAAUGAGGCCGAGUUUUUGAGCCACGUCACUGGAGGUGAGGCGCCUCUAUUUGUGGAUAUGGAGGAAUUGGUUAUUGGCGAUGAUGGCCAGCCUACUCAGGAUAGUUUGCGCAGCCAAGCUUCAAAGCUUGCACUCACGCUAGAACAGCGAGCGGAGGAAGCUGGAAUCUUCAGAGAUGAUACACCACCACAUUCUCCACCAUCAGGGGCCCGUUCUGUUCCACCGUCUGCCUCAAUGCCCGAUUCUGCAUCUAUGCCGCAGUCAGCAUCUAUUCCCAGCACCUCACGGCCUCGGUGUGCCAAUAUCUUCGCCAUAUUGGCAAGAUUGGAGCGUGUUGAAAAGGAACAGCUUGCUUUGAAGCAAGGCCAGACUGAUAUUUUGAAAGGGCAGAAUGAGAUAAUGGGUUACUUGAAGACCCUAUUGGCUCUUAUGGGAGAUCGAGCAGAAGGCCCAAUACGCAGAGGCGAGCCACGGCCGGACGCCGUGUCUCCAGAGAUGAGUUCAUUCUUCCGAAUGAUUACGGUACCUAAUGAUGAGGAAGAUGUACUCCGGACACCUCGAACAUGCUCGGUCACGUCCAUUGGAGAUACCCAAGAUCUCAGAGGUUCAGGUUUUGAGACCGUUCCAACACCGGUGGAGAAGAGAACGAAGAAAAGGCCAAGGUGGUUUGACGAGUACACCGAAAUGAAGAAGAAGAUGAAGCCAUCAACAACCAAUGUGAAUGUUGACCCACUUCGGCCCGUUGAUGAGAAGCUACUACAUAGUUUUCGAAAUUGGUUAGUGGGAACCAUCGGAAACAAGUAUCCGAGGGACGUCUUCACCGGUCUGUGUGGCGUGGCUUGGUUCUCGACCCUAAAUACAGACAAACUAUGGCUUUCUGAUGACCAUUUGGAUGCUGCUUUCCAUAUGAUGAGGAGGAGGCAACACUUCUUCCCGGAGUUGUACCCACGUAAGUGUACUGUGAUGCCAUCUUGGUUUACCUCAUCGUUGAGGGGUCGGUGGGAUGCUUGGAAGAGCAAUACUGACCAUGAUGGUUUUGUUUGGGAUGAGUCCAUCUUGGAACUCCUUCGUGGGGAUCCAAACCAAUUUUUGCCUUCUUGGAAGGGUAUGGAGUGCAUAUACAUGUCCAUGUUCUUGAACAGACCGGAACAUUGGAUCGCUAUGGAGGUCAAUCUUGAGUUGUGGAAGAUAUUCCUCUUCGAUUCGAGUCUUGGAUCUCUAACGAAAGACGAACUGAAUUCGCUUAUGGAUGUGUGGUGCCCUUUACUAGCCAAAUUGGUGGACCAGUGUGGUGUAUGUGACACUCAUUACAUGGUGAUGGUCCCUCAAAUGACAGCCUCCGAAAGUCAGGUCAGACCCUUCGACUGGGAAAUGAUGGACAAUAAAGUUGUACCUCAGACAAAAUCGAGCGGCGAUUGUGGAAUGUACGUCAUAGAGCAUAUUGAGCAUAAGUUAUUGGAUCUACCAUUCGAUGGAGUACAUGAUCAGCAUAUGUCGCUCUUUCGGCAGAGAUGGGCAGUAGAUUUAUUCUACCAGAACUUGGCAUGAACUUUAGAUGUUUAAUUUUUUAUAUUUGUUGAACAAUGUUUACUUUUACACUUUUCAAUUUGAACAAACUACUUUCACUAAAAUUAUUUUAUUUUAUCAGUAGAACUUGUUUUUGGCUCA